GAAAAUGUUCUUGUUGUUCUUGUCCUCAGGCCUGAGGGCAUGUUGAGACGUCCUGCCAGACCAGAGCAGAGGCGUCCAGGUGGUUCCGACGGGGACUGAAGGUGAGAAGACCGACGUGGGACCAGGGAGGAAGACAUGGGCCAGUGUGUCACCAAGUGUAAGAACCCGACGUCCUCGCUCGGCAGCAAGAGUGGAGACAAGGAGAGCGGCUCCAAGUCCCACCACAAGAAAGGUGGCGGCGGGGGCCACAAGGACGAGCCCAGCGCCCCAUGUAGCAAAGCCACCAGCGAGCUGUCGAAUGGCACCAAGGCCCCGGAGGUCACCGUGGAGACGCCCGUCAUUCCUGCAGUGAUGGGGGAGCCCCGCAAGGACGAGAGUCUGGAUGGAGACGGGCUGUCACUGUCGCGCAUCGAAGAGCUGUUCUGCUGCUACAAGGACAAACAUGAAGACGCCAUCCUGGAGGAAGGGAUGGAGAGCUUUUGUAAUGACCUGUGUGUGGAUCCUGCAGAGUUUCGGGUGCUUGUUCUUGCCUGGAAGUUUCAAGCAGCUACCAUGUGCAAGUUUACAAGGAAGGAAUUCAUUGAUGGCUGCAGGGCCGUCAAAGCAGACAGCCUGGAAGGCAUCUGCUCACGUUUCCCCUGCAUGCUGUUGGAUGCCCAGGGUGAGGAAAACUUCAAGGACCUCUACCGCUUCACCUUCCAGUUCGGCCUGGACGCCGAUGAGGGACAACGGUCGCUGCAGCGCGACAUUGCGAUUGCCCUGUGGCGCCUAGUUUUCACCCAGGACACACCUGCGAUCCUGGAGCGCUGGCUGGACUUCCUGGCAGAGAACCCCUCAGGUAUUCGGGGCAUCUCGAGGGACACGUGGAACAUGUUCCUCAAUUUCACCCAGGCCAUCGGGCCCGAUCUGAGCAACUACAGCGAGGACGAGGCCUGGCCCAGCCUCUUUGACACGUUCGUGGAAUGGGAGCUGGAGCGCAGGAAAAAAGAGGAGGAACAGGCACUGAAGGCGAGAGAGGACGAGGGGAGGUGUACUGAGACAGAGUGUUCCCCCACCACAGACAGACAUGAAACAGAGGGAAGCCGCGGCUCACAGACGUGGGGAGGCCACUGACCAGGAAACAUUCAAUAUUUUUAAGGGAGGGAAGGAUGUGACCUACCUGUGAACUGUGCAUCUGUGAAUCAUUGGAUGAAUAUUAGUAUUACAAGGACAGCUGUUCAUUUGGCUCUCCUUUUCUGUCGGGUGGGAUUCCUGCUUGCAACCUUGUUUUUUUGGUUUUUGAAAGGGCUCUAAGAACUGUUAUGUUUUAAGCACUUCUAUUUAAGUUAUUGUUUUACUUUUUCUCCUCCCAUGAGUGUUUUUAGUAACUGGACAUGUGGUCCAUUUUAACAUAUACCUACCUACCAUAACCCAGCAGUUAGCUCAUUAAAGGCUUGGUUUCAAUACAGGUGUCAAAAAGCCAUAAACUUCCCCACAUUUAUCACAUAGACAGUUAAUUUUGAAUAAGUAACACUGCUUAUAUUUUUUGUGCAAGGAACUAGUUGAUAAUAAAUAAGAAGGUAAAUUUGGCAGACCUGUGGACAAAUAAUUAUGCAUCUACAAAAUACGAGAUUCGUGUGUCAUGGUCAUGGAACUCGACUUGAUUUAGCUAAUGCCGAUGGAUUGUAUGUUUUUAUCUUGCAGUGCUGUGAAUAUUAAUUGAUUGCACAUACAGUAUAUUGCCUUUACAACUGUUGGGCUGCAAUAUUGCAGUAAUGGAUUACAGUUCUGUCAUUAGGGCAUUCCAUUUUUAAUUUACUACAAAUUGUAAUUUGCAUUAAAAAAACAUUGGUUUCCACAGACCCACACUCUUCUGCGUUGAGUAUUUGAGUGCUGCUCGUGCAGUUAGCACUUUAGCAUGUUUAAGCAGCUGUUUGUGCUCCUUUGACCUUUAGCAUAAACCAUCUUAAUGUCCACUUAUUUUCAAGAAGCGGUUAAGUGUUGACGACACAAUGAUGCUGGCUUUUCUCUUGGAUUCCUUAUUUGAGGAAAUCUGGUACACAACAAUUUGGCUGAACUAGGUCUUGGUGCAUUAAUUUAUCACCAUUAACAGUGGGCCACCUCACAAUGCUUUCAUUGUUUACCUUCAUGCCUUCAAGAUAGUCACAUCCCUGAACUACCAUAUUAACAGAAACAAUCUCUGCAUACUCCACAAAUAAUGUUGACUGCUGCUGGUGAUGGUUGUAAUGGAGUACACAAAAAACCAAUGGCAUGCUUUGUGGCUAUACAUGCAAUGUUUUGCAGAGAGAUUGAUGUCAACCACAUUAUUUCCAUUUUAAACCUUUUCAAACUGUAGGUGGAACUCACAGUAUAGCCCAGGGUGUUUUGAAAUGAGUGAAUGAGUAUUAACUAGACAUGCUGGCUAAUCAAGAGUCUGCAAUAUGGGUCCAGUGUGGAAAGAAGGGUGGCCAUAACCUGCUCUGUUUGGUUUACAUCUAAAAUGGUUUUGUUUCAGACCUCUUUGUCCUUUUUAUAUAAAAUGUAUUGAUUUAUAAUAAAUAAAAACAGUGUUGAACUUUU